AGUCUGCUUUGAAAAUUCAAGAAUUCCCAGUAGUUUAUGUUCACAAUUAUCGAUAUAGUGAAUUCUUGGUCAGUAACAAAAGCAGUGAGGCUAUGUGGGUGGAAGAAGAAGCAGUACCAUAA